UUAAAGAAGGAACAACAAUGUCAUUGUCGCUAAUCUCACGUCGUAAUACAGUCCUCAUCAAUCUCUUCAGGCAGAGUAUUCGUCCAUUAUGUACUCCAGUUCAAAGCUCUAAGUCAAUUGAUCCAAAAAGUAGAGGAACACAUAGACCUAAUAACUUUGAGAAGAAAUUAUUGGUUUGGAGUGGAAAGUACAAGACAACUGAAGAGAUUCCCGGCUACGUUAGUGAAGAAGCUGUUGAAAGAGCUAGAAACAAGUUCCGAAUCAGAGCAGCCAACAUCAUGAUUGCGUUAACGUUUAUUGGAUGUGGAAUAAUGAUUGUUCAAGGACGUAAAGCUGCAGAAAGAGGAGAAUCUGUCCAAAAGAUGAAUCAAGAAUGGCAUAGAGAGUACAAUGAAAAGGCACAAGCUGAAGCAUUAGCAAAAAGUCAUGCACAUGAUCAGAAGUAAUCAUUAUUUAUCCAUCAUGAUAAUUAUAUCUUAAUAUACAUGAAUCACAUUUUGGACAGUAGUAUCUGUCGAAUGAAUAGUUGAGAUGUCUUUAAAAAAAAUUAUUUUAA